AUGCUUAAUGGCAGUUCUCCGCUGCAUGUGUCCACGGGCUCCCGGGAUGCUCGUGAGAGGGAAAGCCUCAACUCUUCCAUCCUCUCCUCCUUUACUCCCCGCAUCCCGGUAGAGUUCGACCUGCCCGCCUCUGCCACCCACCCUUCCGGGGAGUCCCUCGCCCUGGUCGAUGAUACUCCCCGAGGCUCCUCCUCCAAGCCUACCUUGAACGAUCCUCCCCGCGAUCCCCGAGAUGAGGCCGGUGCAUUGACCCCGCCUGCGACAGUCAGCCGACCGGCGAGCCCAUACACCCUCUUUCCCCCAAUUGACUUUGAUGGACUAAGCUGGCCUUGCCCCGGCACCAGGGCACGACUGGAGUCGACGCCCGAGGAGACGGAGGAGCGCAUCAAGAAGCUCGCAGGAGCCGUCCGGACGAUCCUUGAGUGCGUCGGAGAGGACCCGGAACGAGAGGGCCUGCGCGAGACGCCGGAGAGAUAUGCCAAGGCCAUGCUCUACUUUACUAAGGGUUACGAGGAGAAUGUCAGGGACCUCGUCAACGGUGCAGUCUUCCAUGAAGAUCACGACGAGCUGGUAAUUGUCAAGGACAUUGAGGUGUUUUCGCUGUGCGAACACCACAUGGUUCCCUUCACCGGAAAGAUGCACAUCGGUUACAUCCCUGACCGUCGCGUGCUUGGUCUCUCUAAGCUGGCUCGUCUGGCUGAGAUGUUCUCCCGUCGUCUCCAGGUACAGGAGCGCCUGACCAAGCAAGUCGCUCUGGCCAUCUCGGAGGUUCUGAAGCCGCGCGGUGUCGGUGUUGUCAUGGAGUCAUCCCAUCUUUGCAUGGUCAUGCGUGGUGUGCAAAAGACUAGUAGCACCACCACAACCAGCUGCAUGCUCGGCUGCAUGCGGUCGAGUGCAAAGACUCGGGAGGAAUUCCUGACUCUCCUGCACCGCAGAUAA